UACCCUUCUUUUCAUCUUCUCUACACCAAGGCAGCCGUAUAUGCUCCCAAACCACUGCUCUCGGGCCAUCGGCAACGCUGCCUGGAGCUUACCGCGGAGAAACAUCAUUGGCUACAUCACUUACACAUCGUCGUUGCACAGCAGGCAGCAUCGCCAUACUCGACUCCAACAUCACAGCACAGCACCACCUCCACGAAAACCACACCGGAAAAAUCUCGUCAUCCAUCAAACCAUACGACGGCAUAAUCAGCAUCGACUCCAUCAUGACAAUCCCCCCCAAGCCGUCACCAUCCCCUGAUUCUCCCACUAUCAAGACCCGCAUCCUCAUCAUCUCCGACACUCACACCUCCGUCCCCAAACCCGAGUCGGAGGGCGACACAGAAGAUGAACUCAGCAAGCCGGGUGCAUCAUCAAUCACCCACCCCACCGGCUUUCGGGCCCCCCUCCCAGAGGCCGACGCCGUCCUUCACUGCGGCGAUCUCAGCAAGCGCGGGAGGCCCGAGGAGAUGCGUAAGACGUUUGACAUGCUGAGAGGCCUGCGCGCGCCGCUGAAGCUGGUCAUUGCGGGCAAUCAUGAUCUGGCCUUUGACGACACGAAUGAUAUUCAUGACGACACUGAUGGUAGUGAUGACGAUGAUGCCACCAAGCCCAAUAACAAGCCCAAGUACAAAGAGGUCAUGCAGAUUGCAAAAGAAGCCGAGGUCGACGGCGUCAGAUAUCUCACCGAAGGGACAUACUCCUUCGACCUCGCCAACGGCUCCCGGCUGCGCAUCUACGCAAGCCAAUACACGCCUCAGUAUGGCUACUGGGCGUUUCAGUAUCAGGGCGGAGAACACACCUUUGACAUACCGUCCGACGUCGACAUCGCCAUGACUCACGGCCCUCCGCUGGGCAUCCUCGACCGCACCUCUCACGGGGACAGAGCCGGCUGCGGGACUCUCUUCAAAUCAUUGUACCGAGCAAAACCCAAGAUCCACUGCUUCGGCCACAUCCACGAGGCCUGGGGUGCAGAGUUGGUGCAAUGGAAGCCCGAGCCCAGCAGUCCCGAGUCUGUCAUCUCAUCAACCACCGUCCUCGACAAGGAAAAUUCACAGACUUUAUAUACUCUUACUCCACCACCAUUUUCUAUUCCCACUAACAAUACUCUGCUUGAUAUGGAGGAGCAUGAACGCCUGUUGGAGUGGAGCAAGGCUCGAGGCUGCUAUAUUGAUCUGGCAGAUGGCGAGAACAAGAUCAGACAAGGCGAGCAGACGCUUUUUGUCAACGCGUCCAUUAUGAGUGUUCGAUAUCGGCCAACUCAGAUGCCCUUGAUAAUAGACAUGGACUUACCGAGAGCAGCAGAACCAAAUCUACAAGGGAGUUAAUGGUCGUAUAGGAGACGACAGUUUGAUAUAGGGAACAAAAGACGGUAGUUUCUUCAACAAGCAUUUCAUGUUUUACGCACUGGUUCGAAUAAAUAGCCUUUAUAACUCUUCAAUUUGAGAUUUGCUAAAGAGAUUUCCUAUUACUGAAUGUAUCUAUAUA